AUGAAGUUUGAGACUACAUUAUUGUCGGUUACGGCCUUAUCUUCUUUGGCAGCCGCUUUGGUUAUUCCUGAGUUUAGAGAAGACAAAGGUGUUGAAAAGAGUGAAACAUCCAAGUCUAAGAGCAAGGGAAUUUCUGGUUACGUCAAGAGCGAGAAGAAGAAGCCUUGUGGCCAUGCUAAUUCGUUAGGCAGUGUUAGGGAUACUCCUGAGCAACAAGAAGUUGCACCCCUAUCUGUCAAUGGAGACAUCUCCACUAGGGUUCCACACAAGUACAUAAUUGUGUUCAAGAAGGAUGUCAGUGCUGACGAAGUGGACUUCCACAAGGAAUUGGUUUCCUUGGAACAUGCAAAGGCGUUGGGUUCUCUCUCUCAAGAUGACCCAUUCUUCUCUGCCACUGCUGGUAAGACGAACGAAUACGGUAUCAAGGCCCACUCUUUGGAAGGUGGUAUUCAAGAUGCUUUCAAGAUUGCGGACUCUUUGUCUGGUUACAUUGGGUACUUCCCAGAGAAGGUCAUUGACUUUAUCAGAAGAAGUCCAUUGGUUGAAUUUGUUGAAGAGGACUCGAUGGUGUUCUCGAACAGUUUCAACACCCAAAACGGUGCUCCAUGGGGUUUGGCCCGUAUUUCUCACCGUGAGAAGUUGAACUUGGGUAGUUUCAACAAGUAUCUGUACGACGACGAUGCCGGUAAGGGUGUUACCGCAUACGUGGUGGACACUGGUGUUAACGUUGACCACAAGGACUUUGGGGGCAGAGCCAAGUGGGGUAAGACCAUUCCACAAGGCGACCCAGAUGUCGAUGGUAACGGUCACGGUACACACUGUGCUGGUACCAUUGGUUCCGAGCACUAUGGUGUUGCCAAGAAUGCCGACAUUGUUGCUGUCAAGGUGUUGAGAUCCAACGGUUCCGGUACCAUGUCCGAUGUCGUUAAGGGUGUCGAAUACGUUGCAGAUGCGCACAAGAAGGCUUCUUCCAACCCAGCAAAGGGUUUCAAGGGUUCUACUGCCAACAUGUCUCUUGGUGGUGGUAAGUCGCCAGCCUUGGACUUGGCUGUCAACGCUGCUGUUACUGCCGGUGUUCAUUUCGCAGUUGCUGCCGGUAACGAGAACCAAGAUGCAUGUAACACUUCUCCAGCCGCUGCAGAAAACCCAAUCACCGUUGGUGCCUCGACUCUAAGUGAUGAGAGAGCAUACUUCUCCAACUGGGGUAAGUGUGUCGACAUCUUUGGUCCAGGUUUGAACAUUUUGUCCACCUACAUUGGUUCUGACACCGCUACUGCUACUUUGUCCGGUACCUCUAUGGCUACUCCACACGUUGUUGGUUUGUUGACAUACUUCUUGUCGUUGCAACCAACCUCGGAUAGUGAAUUUUUCCAUGCCGCUGGCGGUAUUACUCCUGCUCAAUUGAAGAAGAAGAUUGUCGACUUCUCCACUAAGAACGUAUUGACCGAUAUCCCAGAAGACACUGUGAACUACUUGAUCUACAACGGUGGUGGACAAGACCUAGACAGUUUCUGGGGCAAGAGCAUGUCCGAGGAGGAUUCCCCCGCCGCCUCGGCACCAUCAGACUUUAGUUUGGAGAACUUGAUCAACUCCUUGGACUCCAAGACUGACGCCAUCUUUGAAGACGUGAGACACCUCUUGGACCAAUUUAACAUCAUUUAG